AUGGAUUUCCGCCACCACAUCCCCGGCGGAUCUCCUUCCUCCUCUUCCACCACUUCUUCCUCCUCCCAAAACCCCAGCCACCGGAACGGUAACCAGCAUAACCAGAACCACAACGGCAGCACCGCCAUAACCACCACCAACGACGACAGCACCACCAACAACAACAACGAUCCAAUGCACUCAUGGUGGGAAUCCAUCUCCAAAGCCCGAUCUCGCAUCCAUCUCUUAUCCACACUUUUACCCGUACCCGAGCCUGACUCUGAAGAUCCAAACCCGAUCUCAUCUCUCGCCGAUUCCGAUGCCCCCGCACGCUCUCUCCUCUCUUCUCUCACUGCAUACACCGCCGUAUCUUCUUCGCUCACAUCCUCUCCUGACUCCGGCUCCGGUGAGGAUUCCCUUUGUAAUUGGCUGUACGAUACCUUCCUCUCUUCCGAUCCAGACCUCCGCCUUGUCGUCCUCGCCUUCAUCCCUCUCAUCGCCGGUCUUUACCUUUCUCGCAUUCAUUCUCUCUCCUCCUUAACUCCGUCGCUUGCCGGAUUUGAAGCCGUACUUCUCGCUUUAUACUCAUCGGAGACCAAAUCUCGCGCCGGGAAACCUAUAAUGAUUUCAAUCCCCGAUCUCUCUCAGCCGUCGCUUUACCAUUCUCCUAGGGUUAGCAACAGCAAAAAGAAACCGAAUUCGGCUAAAGUGAACCCUAAUUCUGGAUCGCAGCCUUCGCGGCCUACAGUCGGAAUCCUAUCUCCUCCUCUAGAGCCCCAAACCGCUAUAAAGUCAACGAAACGUGCUACCAUUGUUGGAGUUGCACUCGAUUGUUACUACAAGCAGAUCUCUCAAAUGCCUAGCUGGUCGAAGCUCGAUUUCUGCAAGUUCGCUGCUGAUUGGGCUGGACAGGAUUGCGCUUGCAAGUCCGAAUUCGACCAAUCCUCUGAAGUUACAAACUUUACCGAUGGUAUCGUUGAAGAUGGAAUCGACAUUGAAGGGAAUGUCGUUGAAGAAAUGAGGAAUUUGGAGAUUCAGGAUGGGGAUUCAGACAAAGUCGUUGCUAGAGGGACAAGAAUUCUUCUUCCAUGGGAACUUCUACAACCAACUCUAAGGAUCUUGGGCCACUGUUUACUCGGUCCAUUGAAUUCAAACGAUGUGAAAGAUACAGCAUCUACAGCAGUUCGAUGUUUGUAUGCUAGAGCUUCACAUGAUUUAGUUCCUCAAGCGAUUUUAGCUACUCGAAGCUUAAUCCAACUGGAUAAGAGAGCUCGUGAAGCUGCUGCCAUGGCUGCCGCAUCAACUGCUAAUACACCAGGUUCUAAUGCUAAUACACCCAGUAAAGCCAAGAAACCCGAAAUUCUCUUAGUAUCAAAAUGA